AUGAGGAUACGCCGCAGACCUUUCCUCUGUGUUGGUAUAAGAUCCGGUUUGGAUGCAGAGACGGAUUGGAGGGAUACUGGGGGCGACAUUUCCUCGCUGCAAAUCAUCGCUACCACGAGUUACGAGCUCCAUCGAUGCCUCAGUCACAGGCUCACCUCGAACCGUGAGCAAUAUCCUAAAUGUAUCGAACAUUAUACGAGACAGGCAUUACAGGCUCUCUUUGUACUUGCCGGAACCAUACGUACGCAUACAAUAUCAUUACCGCCAUAUCGUUCCGUACACAUUUCGGUUGCAUUCAAGAAGUUUGUCACCCACAUUUGGUCCACGUUGGUUGGAGGCCUGGCAAAGGGACUAGCUGGUGAAGAUGAGGAAUGGUUCGACCCCGUCUGUCCAAAAAAUGGUUCAUUGCUAUUGCUGGCGACCGCUGUAAUACUUGGGGAAUGUUUCUCUGAAGAGGAACGUAACUGUGGUCCCCACGCGCCGUUGGCAGAGUCUGGCGACCUUUAUCCGGCUUCUACAUCCCUCCCUGCUUCUCGUUAUGUAAGAUCGCGCUGCGCAGCUGGUCCUGCCAUUCUUUAUGGAGAGCAGCUGGCGGCCAUCUGA